GCCGUGACAUGACGCGCGCGAGGGAGGAAGCGGCAGCGGCGGCCGGGGCCGGGCCGCGGACUCUGGCGCCGGCCUAGGGCUCGGGCGGGGAAGACCCGCUCCGGGCCGCCGGCCGCGCUGCCACUGCAGGCUCGGCGAGCCCCGCGCCUCUUUUUGUUCCGUGGCCCCCAGUAUCACUGUACUGACUGGCAGAGUCAGGAGAAGUAGAUGUCCACGCCCACAGACCCUGGUGCGAUGCCCCACCCAGGGCCUUCGCCAGGGCCGGGACCCUCUCCUGGACCAAUUCUUGGGCCCAGUCCAGGACCUGGACCAUCCCCAGGUUCCGUCCACAGUAUGAUGGGGCCAAGCCCUGGGCCUCCAAGUGUCUCACACCCUAUGCCGUCGAUGGGGUCUGCUGAUUUCCCGCAGGAAGGCAUGCAUCAGUUGCAUAAGCCCAUCGAUGGUAUGCACGACAAGGGGGUUGUGGAAGAUAUCCAUUGUGGAUCCAUGAAGGGCACCGCUAUGCGACCUCCUCACCCAGGAAUGGGCCCUCCCCAGAGUCCGAUGGACCAACACAGCCAAGGCUACAUGUCGCCGCACCCGUCUCCGCUGGGAGCCCCCGAGCACGUCUCCAGCCCUAUAUCGGGAAGUGGCCCAACCGCACCGCAGAUGCCACCAAGCCAGCCAGGGACCCUCAUCCCAGGCGACCCGCAGGCGAUGAGCCAGCCCAACAGGGGGCCCUCGCCUUUCAGUCCCGUCCAGCUGCAUCAGCUGCGAGCUCAGAUUUUAGCUUACAAAAUGCUGGCCCGGGGGCAGCCCCUCCCCGAAACGCUGCAGCUCGCGGUCCAGGGGAAAAGGACGUUGCCGGGCAUGCAGCAGCAGCAGGCAGCGCCCCAGCCCCAGCCGCCGCCGCAGCCGCAGCCGCCGCCGCCGCCGCCGCAGCCGCAGGCCCUUGUCAACUACAGCAGGCCAUCUG